CAAUCUUCCACAAGAAUUCAAUCAUGUCGAUGGGAAUCAAGAAUGGCGACCCCGACAGCUCCGUGCUCUACGUGAGCUUCAACCAGGAUGCGACAUGCAUCAGCGUUGGCACGCGGCAGGGCUUCUUCGUGUACAGCUGCGAACCGUUUGCCCGGUCGUUCCAGGACGCAGCAGGCGGUAUUGGCCUUGCGGAGAUGCUGUUCAGCUCUAGUUUAAUCGUGUUGGUCGGUGCAGGGGAACAGCCUGCGUUCUCCCCGCGAAGGUUGCGCGUAUGGAACACCAAGACCAGCGCAGCGAUCUGCGACCUGAACUUCGUCACGGCAGUGCUCGGGGUGCAGUUGAACCGACAGCGCCUCGUAGUGGUGCUCGAGAAGAAGAUCUACAUCUUCGACAUCAACUCGAUGCAAGUUCUCAACACACUCGACACCUCGUCCAACCCAAAGGCGCUGUGCGUGCUGUCUCCCGCCGACAACGGGUACCUCGCCUUCCCCGCCGGAGGUGUCGCCGGCGAGAUCGUGCUCUACGACGCCAUCAACCUCAGCGUCCUCAACGCCGUGCAAGCGCACCGCGGGAUGCCCGUCGCCUUGGCCAUGAACGCCACGGGCACAUUGUUGGCAACUGCUUCCGACACUGGUACUAUAUUACGAGUGUUUGACGUCCCGAGCGGCAAGAAGCGCGCGACGUUUCGACGAGGGUCGUACCCCGCGACCAUUUACAGUGUCGCAUUCAAUCCGACGUCGACAUUGCUCUGCUGUUCCAGUGACACGGGCACCGUCCAUAUCUUCUCUCUUACUGGCUUGGAGAGCGCUGUGACCGGGUCGUAUUCUCUGUCGCCGAUGCUCGGUCCCGUGACCCGUCUGGAGCCCAAGGCGGCGACGACCAAAGCCAUGCUCAGCUCAUACCUGCCGUCGUCCGUGACCCGUAUCGCAGAGGGCGCGCGGGAUUUCGCCUACGUAUGAUCGGUGGUUUGGCCAAGUCGAGUUAAGGGCGUUUUUGUUUGGGUAGGCGCGACUGCGCUCAGCAAAUGUGCCCAAUCUGUGCGCGUUGAGAGGACCGCUGCCGGGAAGUAACCACGUGCAAGUGCUCGUGGCAACCAUUGACGGGUUGUUCUAUCAGUAUGCCCUGGAUAUCACCACCGGCGGCGAAUGUGUCUUGGAACGAGAGCACAUGCUGCGGGACUCUGCGUCCGAAGAGAUCGAAGCCGCGUACUUGUCAUAGAGGGGGAUAUAUUAUGACCAUCAAAUCCGCUAGUUAGUACAAGAAUAUAUUGAACGUUCAGCGAUAUUCCACCAAAUCUCAACAACUACA